UCUCCUUGCAAUAGGAAAAAAAAAAAAAAAAAGAACAUGGGCUUUUUAAGUCUAGUAUAUGUCCUAUUCUUCUUUUUUGGAGACAAAGUAUCCUGCCAAUAUGAAACUUAUCAAUGGGAUGAAGAUUAUGACCAAGAACCAAAUGAGGAUUAUGAACCAGAAAUCCAAUUUCGUCAACAUGUAGAAUAUGGAGUUCCUUUUUAUCAGCAUAGUUUAGGUUGUGCCAGUGAAUGCUUCUGUCCAACUAACUUUCCAACAUCGAUGUACUGUGACAAUCGCAAACUCAAGACUAUCCCAAAUAUUCCAAUGCAUAUCCAGCAACUCUACCUUCAGUUCAAUGAAAUUGAGGCUGUGACUGCAAAUUCAUUCAUCAAUGCAACUCAUCUUAAAGAAAUUAACCUCAGCCACAACAAAAUUAAAUCUCAAAAGAUUGAGUAUGGUGUGUUUGCAAAAUUUUCAAAUCUACUACAACUUCACCUAGAGCAUAACAAUUUAGAAGAAUUUCCAUUUCCUCUUCCUAAAUCUCUGGAAAGACUCCUCCUUGGUUACAAUGAAAUCUCCACAUUACACACAAGUGCCAUGGAUGGGCUGGUAAACUUGACUAUGCUCGAUCUCUGUUAUAAUCACCUUCAUGACUCCGUGUUAAAAGAAAAAAACCUUGCCAAGAUGGAAAAAUUAAUGCAGCUCAACCUAUGUCAUAACAGAUUAGAAUCAAUGCCUCCUGGAUUACCUUCCUCACUUAUGUAUCUAUCUUUAGAAAAUAAUUCAAUUUCUUCUAUACCAGACAAAUACUUUGAUGAACUUCCAAAACUUCACGCUCUAAGAAUGUCACACAACAAACUGCAAGACAUCCCAUAUAACAUCUUUAAUCUUUCCAACCUUAUAGAGCUCAACGUCGGACACAACAAAUUGAAGCAAGCAUUUUACAUUCCAAGAAAUUUGGAACACCUAUACCUAGAAAAUAAUGAAAUAGAAAAUAUCAAUGUGACAAUGAUGUGUCCUUCUAUUGACCCACUACAUCUUCACCAUUUAACAUACCUUCGUGUGGACCAAAAUAAGCUGAAAGAACCCAUAAAUUCACAUAUCUUCUCCUGCUUCCCUCAUAUACAUAGUAUUUAUUAUGGUGAACAAAGAAGCACAAAUGGUCAAACAAUACAACUGAAGACCCAAGUUUUUGGGAGAUUUCAAGAUGAUGACGAAGAUGAUGGGGAUGAUCAUGAUAACACUCCUGAAGGCCAAGAAACAGAAGGGACAGAAGAACACUUCAACCCUCACUACUAUGAAACUCAAGAAUGGCAAGAAAUUAUAUAGGUAUAUGUUUAUGACUUCAUAAAAUUUAUAACUAACUGAACACAUAAUUGUGCAAAAUAAUAUAUCUAGAAUUAUGUAUUAGUAUAAAACCAGACUUGCAUUUAACAAUCAACUGCAUCAUUGCAUAGCAUUAGAACUUACUCAAAUGACAUAGAUCUUUAGAAAUAUCAAUUAGAAAUAGUGAGAAUAAAAAACUAAACUUCAA